UCAGUCCGGAGCAGAGCGCUGCCGGACGCGAGGUUGUACGGAAGUCACUGAAGAUGCCGUCUUUAUCCUCCACCAUGGCGACUGCGAAGGCGGUUGCGGCUCGAGCUCUCAAACUUUGGAGGCAAAUCUUGAUGGUGCUGAUCCCCCUCGUUCUGCUGCCUUUACUUUUCUUCGAAGACGCUCAGAAAUCUCGUUGUGCUUACGUAGUAGCUGUCGUGGGACUCUACUGGAUCAUAGAGCCCAUCCCACUCGGAGCAACGUCUCUGAUACCUAUCGUACUGCUCCCGAUGCUCGGCGUUCUUACGACAGAGCAGACAUGUGUACUCUACAUGAAUGAAACGAAUAUCAUGUUUGUUGGGACUCUGAUAAUGGCUAUCGCUAUUGAACAUUCUCACUUGCAUCAAAGGAUAGCCCUCAAGACUCUCUGCCUCCUGGGCACAGACAUCAAAAUGCUCGUGUUUGGAAUCAUGUUCAUCUCCAUGUUCCUGUCCAUCUGGAUCAACAACGUUGCCAUCACUGCCAUGAUGAUGCCUGUGAUUAACUCGCUCUCGCACGAGCUGCUUCAGGAGAGGCGCAGGAGCCUUUCGCGGGUCAACAUCGAUGUCGAGGGGAUAGCAGCACUCAGAGAGCGCGUCGAGAAGGCUGCUGCCGCCAAUGGAAACACCGGUCUCAUCCCACAACAGGAUGGUGGUGAAGAAGAGUCCGAUGUGGUGAUUCCGAUAAAGCCGAAGAAGCAGUAUCCAAAAAUCGACAAGGCAACCGAACAUCGCGUUCGUGUGCUUCUAUACCUCAGCGUCUUGUACGGCGCCAACAUUGGGACCAUCACGACCAUCACCAGUGGAGCUUCCAACGUCGUCUUCAAGUUCGUCAUCGAAGACCUAUACAAAGAACGAGCUCCUGUUGACUAUGCGCUGUGGAUGUUCUUCGCAUUGCCGAUUGCGCUGAUUGGAACGGCCCUCGUAUUCCUCAUCGUUGUGCCAUUCUUCUUCUCUUGCAAAAGCCCAAAUCUCGGGAAAGAAAGCAGCAACUACGCCAUGGCUGCAAUUCGUCGCAACUACAUGGCACUCGGAUCCAUCAAGUUUCACGAAGUUGCAGUCCUGCUCCUGUUCAUACUGCUGGUGUUUCUCUGGCUUUUCCGCGACCCCAUGUUCGCCAGAGGGUGGGCGACAUACUUCGGAGUCAUAAAGCCUAAGGACGCCACAGCAGUGAUGAUACCUGUGAUUCUGCUGUUCAUGAUUCCUUCGAAGCCUCAAAAGGGCUUCAGAGGCCCCGUCCUGUUGACAUGGAAAAUGGUGCAGGCCAAGCUACAAUGGAGCGUCAUUCUUCUCAUUGGCAGCGGUUUCGCCAUCGCCGAAGCCAUGCGUGUAUCGGGCCUGUCAGAGGAGCUGGGGCAGAAACUCGCCGAACUGGGCCAUUUGUCACCCGGUCCACUCAUGAUUUGCCUGAGCAUCAUCUGCUCCUUCAUGUCUGAGCUCAUCAGCAACUGCGGAACGUGCACCGUCCUUCUACCAGUUUUUGCCGUGCUGGCGGAGGACCUGAACCUGAACCCCUUGUUGUUCAUGAUCCCGACGACGAUCGCCAGCAACUACGCCUUCCUGCUGCCCGUGGGCACGCCGGCGAACGCCAUGGUUUACGAGCAUGGCCGGCUCACAAUAAUGGAAAUGGUUGUUCCUGGACUUCUGGCAAAGAUCAUCACCAUGCUUGUGACCGUGGUGGUAACAUACGUGCUGGGCGACCCAAUCUUCGGCAUGUUUCAAGAAGCUGACUGGGUGUCGGCUGCCACUGCAGGAAACUUCAGUACCACCACCGUCUCUGCGAAAACUUAGAUUCUUUUAUUGUGCGCUUUCCGGUUCUAGAAUUGCGUGAGUGCCACCUACGAUCGUGCCUUUGUGAAGCUAAUGGAUAUCAAAAGUGGACGAUGCACGAACGCUACCAAUGAGGGAACACUAUCAGGAAUAGGAAGUGUUGUAAAUACGUACUGGCACUGCACUAUACCUCACGUCUGCCUUAACUGAGAAACUCUCGUAAGAAUGGGGCCAACCAAUCCUGAGAGCGAACGAGAACAAAACGGGUGCAAAUUACACAAUCUUUAGUGUACGGGAAUACUUCGCUUUCUGUCUAUAACUUCAAAAUCACAGUUAUUCAUUUCCUUUUAUGUUGCUUAAUAAAAAGAUCAUCAACGAAUUUCAGUUUAGUACCAAGUCCGUUGACUGAUUAAGACAGACCCUGAUGUCCGUCGCUGCGAAUGACGUGUUGCCUGAGAAAUAUUCAUCUCUCGUGUGCAGUGUUUAAUAAAAGACUGAUGUGUUCCCUGAAGCACCCGGCACAAUAAUCUCCCAAUGCGAGUUGCACACUCAUGAAGUGAUAAGUACAUCCCUGCGCCGCUUGCAGUGACGCCGAUUUUAUGACAUUGAAGAAAUAUUACCACAAAUAAAAUGUUACU